AUGAAGACAAAAUAUGAAGCUAGGGUUUUCUCAGGCACGAAGCGGCUUUCAUUUAUUCAUAAAGACGAUAGACCUUCAAAUCUCUCUUUUGAGGCUUGGACAUGCCCAGACCUAUUAGAUGCUUCUGACCUUGAAAAGCUACCGCAGGCGGAGCGGUUUGAUACCAAAAAUAAUAUGCCCAGGGCCUUGGCGAGCAAAUACGACACGCUGAAGUCUCUGUUUAAUGAGGUAAUAGAAGCAAAGAAGUUAUUAGAUGAAGAUAUUUUUGUCGGUUCUCCUCGCUACUUUUUGUUGGAAGUCCUCGACCAACGAAUGGAGUCGCAGUUCCUACCGACGCUUGUCGCACUAAAGGAUGCUAAAGCACACGGUACAGCACAUGCAACAGCAGCAACAGCAGCAGGAGCAGCAGCACGCCACCAGAAACAGCAUCACCAACAGCAACAUCAGCAGCAGCAGCAGCAGCAACAGCAGCAGCAGCAGCAACAGCAGCAGCAGCAGCAACAGCAGCAGCAGCAACUUUAUUCAUUGUGUGUGUAUGCGCUUAUCGGCACAUUACACGACAAACACUUGCAUGCAACAUCAACAGCAGCAGCAACAGCAGCAGCAGCAACAGCAGCAGCAGCAACAGCAGCAGCAGCAACAGCAGCAGCAGCAACAGCAGUAACAGCAGCAGCAUUAGUAUUAAAUGCGUAUGCUAGCUCUCUUCACGACAAACACAUGCAUGCAUGGGUCUGCACCUUUCAUUGGGAUGACGAAAGAGAGACAGGAAAUGUUAAACUCUGGGAGACUACCAGCGGCGUUGUCUACCUCCUUAAAAAUAGAUUUCAAGAUCAACUUGUUGCUGAGGCGUAA